AGUUGACCUAGUCUAUGGAAUUUUCAGUGUUGACUAGCGAGUACUUCCCUACUUUAUCUUUUAACUGUAUUUUCGGACGGAUUUUGUCAUUUGUGACUUCUGACUUAUUUGAAAUUUGAAUUACUGCUAUUAAAUAGUUAAAUUUUUUACUCUAACCUUAAAAACAAACUUGUGACAGUUAAAAUAUUGUUUAUUUAUAAUGGAAUACGAUAAAAAGAUUAUUGAAUUAGCUCUAAGUCUUUAUAAAAUUGAUGCUGUUAAGUUUGGCGAGUUAAUGACAAAAAGUGGCAUUAAUACUCCAGUAUACUUUGAUCUUCGAGUAAUUGUGAGCUAUCCUGAAGUUAUGGAAUUAAUCACCUCUUUACUAUAUGAAUUUGCAAUAGUGGAUAGUAAAUUUGAACAUGUCUGUGGAGUGCCUUACACUGCCUUACCAAUAGCUACAUUGCUCAGUGUUAAAGUUAAUAAAUCAAUGUUAAUGCGUCGCAAGGAAGCCAAGUCAUAUGGUACAAAAAAAGUCAUAGAAGGACACUACAAAGUAGGUGAAAAAUGCCUAAUAAUUGAGGAUGUAGUUACAUCAGGUUCUAGUGUUAUGGAGACUGUAAAUGACUUGAGGAAAGAAGGUCUUAAGGCAGAAGAAGCCAUUAUUAUUUUAGAUAGAGAGCAAGGUGGAAGGCAAAACUUAGAAGCAAAUGAUGUUAAAAUGAAAGCCUUGUUAACAAUGUCAAAGUUGAUAGAAAUACUUGUUGAAAAUAACAAAAUUAAUAAGGCAACAGCUAAUCAUGUAAAAUAUUACUUACAAAAUGUUAAAGCUCCUAAUACAGUUGCAAAAAUUAAUAGAAUAACUCUAGCUUUUGAAAAGCGAGCAGAAUUGUCAAAAAAUGCUAUUGCAAAGCAGCUGUUUAAUAUAAUGGCUGUAAAGAAGACCAACUUAUGUAUAUCUGUUGACCUUACAUCAUCAACACAAAUUUUGGAACUUCUUGAGAAAGUUGGCAACCAUGUUUGUUUAGUAAAAACACAUGUAGACAUAAUAGAAGACUUCAGCAGUGAUUUCAUUACAUCUUUAAAGGAAUUGGCCAAAAAGUAUAACUUUUUGAUUUUGGAGGAUAGAAAGUAUGCAGAUAUAGGAAACACAGUUGCACUGCAGUACACUGGGGGAUUGUACAAUAUAAGUAAUUGGGCCGACUGUGUAACUUGCCAUUCACUGCCUGGAGAAGGAAUAUUAAAGGCUCUUAAUAUUAAAUCAAAUUGUGAUAAAGGAGUAUUUUUGCUUGCUGAAAUGAGUUGUGAGGGCAAUCUUAUUACGCCAGAGUAUACCAAUGAAACCGUAAAGAUGGCAGAAAAGUAUCCAGAUCUGAUAACAGGAUUUGUCUGUCAGCAUAAAGACACUUUUAAAGAUCCUGGAGUCAUACAGUUAACACCUGGAGUCCAACUUCAAAGUUCUAAAGAUGAUCUGGGACAAGUGUACAACACUCCUGAAAAGGUAGUAUUGGAAAAUGGUGGUGAUGUCAUAGUUGUCGGUAGGGGUAUAGUUUCAGCCAAAAAUCCAGAAUCAGAAGCUGUAUUGUACAAGGAUACUCUAUGGAAAUGUUACAUUAAGAGAAUAUCUGGUAAAGUUGAAUAAGCUUCCCCCUUUUUAUUAAAACAUUAAGUUGCAGUCACACUCAUCCCAGCAUUUCCGCAUUGACUUGAAAACUGUAGUCCCUGGCCAUCUACAUGAAUUUAUGGUGUUCAAUUGAAAUAUUUUUUUAUCUGUAUGUAGACAAAAUAUUGAAGAUAAAGGGCAGAUUUCCUUUUUUGCUCAAUUAUAAUUGUUUAUUGUUAUUAUAAUUUAAUUUAAUGUUGUUAUACUACAAGAGCUUAAUGCAUGUCAAAAUACGGCCAUGUGACGGCGCUUUUUGUAACUGACACAUUUCGUUUGAUACAACACACUGAUUAUUACUGUAAACAUGGCGAGUGAGAAAACACACACAAAGUUCUUUCACAUAAGUGUCUUAGCUUUUCAUAUUCUAAUUAGUAAGAUUAACAUUAAAGAUUAUAUUUUGUAAUUUAACACGUAUUAAUAUUGUUACAUCUUAAGAAGCAAAAUUUAUGUAUAUUCAUGUUGAAAGUAUCCAUGUCAAUGUAUUUAAAUUAUAUAAUUUAAAUACAACAAAUUAGACCUAAAACAGUUCCUAUUAAGACAGUUUUUUAAUGGGUAACUAUUGCAAUCAUUCCAAGUUAUAAAAAGCU